CAACAUGGCGUUCACCCUGUACACACUGCUGCAGGCCGCUCUGCUCUGUGUCAAUGCCGUGGCCGUGCUGCACGAAGAGCGAUUCCUCAGCAAGAUUGGCUGGGGAGUGGACCACGGUAUUGGAGGAUUUGGAGAGGAACCGGGAAUGAAGUCACAGCUCAUGAACCUCAUACGAUCAGUACGGACAGUGAUGAGAGUGCCGCUAAUUAUAGUGAACUCUGUAACAAUCGUGCUGCUCUUGCUAUUUGGAUAAAGACCGGAGGGAAGAUCCCAACGUAUCGCAAACCUGAUUUCCGCGCCCCAAGGAGCAAUGAAACAUCAGUGGGACAGUUCUCUGCCGCAAGCAAUUCCUGUUUUGUAAAAAAAAAAAAACUUUUUUUUUUUUCUCCUUUUAAUUGUGGACCUUGAAAAUGGACAUUGUUCAGUCCUGAUACAGUCCUUGUGCCUGUGCUCUCCAGUUAAAUAACAUUUCUGCUGUAUUUGCUCCCGGGCACUGAUCCGCUCUCUGGUUUACACUAACCAGCGCAACUGUCUUCUUUAUUCUGGCCCAUUCGGACAACUCUGUUUUGGAAUAUUACACAAGCAGAUGUUUUUCACUAUUGUAAUAAAUCCUUUAAAAAGAA